AUGUGCGAUGGCAUCGACCCUUACGAACUGCGCAUCGGUAAGGACGCUGCAUUGGACGUCGAUCUGCUGCCUGCCGUGACGCACGGCGACAUUGUGAAUUAUUUGGUGCUUUCAACAAGUCACAUCACGCUGCAACAAAUGAAGGCCUACAAGUCGCUGGAUGGCCACAACUACUUCACCAGCGGAUGGGUGAAGGGCAUUAAGCAGCAAAGCAGCUUCCAUCGCAGCGUGUCGCGUCGUUCUAAGCAAGAAUUGGAGACAUUCAACACGGAUGCCGGGGAGACGAAUGUCAUUUUGCAGGCGCUGUGCCACAAGAAUGGCUACGUGUACGUGGACGGCACUCGCGACUUGACGGGGAUGCUGAAGGCUGACGGCGUUCACCCGACGAAACGUGGUAGCCAGCUUCUGGGGUGCCUACUGCGUGAGGCCAUCAAGCGCGCAUGCGAGGAAGCAAGCCACGAUGGUGCAGUAUGCCAGCAGCGCCAGGAGGAAGCGGAGCACAAGGAGCUUCGUUUCCAGUAUGGUGACCAGGAAAAAGUGCUGGCACAGCACUGGACUAACCUAACCAAUUUUCCACUUCUUUCUGCAGACCUGGCAGUUGCUGCAGCCCCUUCAUCUCCGUGCAAGGAGAUGUGGGCAGAUGUAGUGCGUAGGUCUGCUUCUGCUACCAUGAUGGCAGUGACACCGAAGGUCACAGUAGCAGACGCUGCUCAUGGGUAUCCUCCGCUGCCAAUAAGUGCAGGGGCAAGCACCAGGGCUUCGACUGGGACUGUUGAUGCGCAAGUGAAACGGCGCCCUGUGCAUGCUCCUGCACUUGUUGGUGGUGUGUGGAUACACCACAAGGUGACAAAGACUGGGAGUGCUGCCGUGCCACUGCCCGCUGCUGCUUUUGAGCUGGGCCCAGCUUCUGACUGUGGGCCACCUGACGCCUGUGGCGUGACGUCCAAGGCGAGCCCCCGGUCAGAAGGUGGGAUCCUGCGCAAGGGCGGCAACGCAGCCUACCCCAGCGCUUCCUCACCUCGUGGUGAAGGCCAUGCUGAGGAGCAGGAGGCAGGAUCGGCAAAAGUCGGGAGCAAACGUAAUAAAGGGUGCAGGAAGAAGAAUCCUGCAGGUGCUCCUGCACUUGUUGGUAAUUUGAGUGUUUGCCACAAGGUGACAAAGACUGGGAGUGCUGCCGUGCCACUGCCCGCUGCUGCUUUUGAGCUGGGCCCAGCUUCUGACUGUGGGCCACCUGACACCUGUGGCGUGACGUCCAAGGCGAGCCCCCGGUCAGAAGGUGGGAUCCUGCGCAAGGGCGGCAACGCAGCCUACCCCAGCGCUUCCUCACCUCGUGGUGAAGGCCAUGCUGAGGAGCAGGAGGCAGGAUCGGCAAAAGUCGGGAGCAAACGUAAUAAAGGGUGCAGGAAGAAGAAUCCUGCAGGUGCUCCUGCACUUGUUGGUAAUUUGAGUGUUUGCCACAAGGUGACAAAGACUGGGAGUGCUGCCGUGUCACUGCCCGCUGCUGCUCUUGAGCUGGGCCCAGCUUCUGACUGUGGGCCACCUGACGCCUGUGGCGUGACGUUCAAGGUGAGCCCCCGGUCAGAACGUGAGGUCCUGCACAAGGGUGGCAACGCAGCCGACCCCAGCGCUUGCUCACCUUGUGGUGAAGGCCAUGCUGAGGAGCAGGAGGCAGGAUCAGCAAAAUUGUCGCACAGCCACGUUUGUACAGGUGGGGGAAAUCUGUCAGUAGGUAUGAAGUUUAAUACCUAUAAGGAGUUUAAUGCUAGCUAUGAGGUAUGGAAAAAGGAAGGGUUCCAUCCAUUGCGUAUAGGUAGAUCAGAUAAAAACCCGUUUUGUGUUGAAAAAGAUGUAAAUGAAGCGGACUUUCCAUACAUUCGAGUUAAGUUUGCUUGUUGCCAUGCAGGGCACCCAAAUCCAAGAGGUCAGAAUAUUCGGCCCAAUCAGCACUUCAAUGGUACAGGAUGUAAUGCUGAACUUAAGCUUGCGCUGCGGUCUACUCCGCAGCUGUAUUAUGAAGUUAUAAGUGUCGUUGAUGUGCACAACCAUAAAGUAGGCCCCGAGAUUUUUGUAUGGUAUACUAAGAAUCGUGCACUGACAGCUUCCGAAAAAGAGCAGCUUAAAGACUUGAUUUCCUGUAAUGCGAAAUCUAAAGACAUAAAGGAUGCCGUUCUGAGAAAAAUGGGAAAGUACGUUACCUCACAGGACAUUAGGAACUUGAAGCAUACAAAUGUUCAAAAAAUACAGGACAGUGCACAUCAUGGAGCCCUUCUGCAAGAAAAAAUUAACGAAUUGUUUUCCGAAAACUCCGGAUGGAAAGUCCAUAUAGAAAAAAAUGCAGGAAAUGAUCUCUUGUAUAUAUUGCUUCAGUCAGAGCAUAUGGCCCAGUUACUAGAAAAAUAUCCUGAAGUGUUGUUCUUCGAUGGUACAUAUAAAGUCAAUAAAGAAGGGUUUGUCUUGCAUUCGGUACUGUGUGAAGAUGGGACUAGCCAUGGUAGGCCUGUAUGUUACGCAUUUGUUCAGCGGGAGACGUCAGAAAUAUUAAACUCCUUCCUGGAGACAUUCCUACGUUUGAAUCCUGUUGUAAAGGAGAAGUGCAAAAUUGUGAUAAUGGAUAAUGAUUUAAAAGAAAUUAAUAUAAUUUCGCAGCUUCUGCCCGGAUGUAGAAUCUUGUUGUGUUCAUGGCACGUGUUAAAGUAUCUACACACCAAGGUGAUGCAGCAUAAGUCAGACAGCCUGGAUAAAAAGUAUGUAAAAGAAAUAAUUACGAAACUGGUUUUUGCACAUACUGAGCAUGUAUAUCAAGAGCGUUUGCAAGAUUUGGUGGAAGAACUUGAAAAUGACAAAACCCUCCUGGAGUACUUUUAUAAAAAUUGGCACAGUUGCAAGAGCAUCUGGGUUCAUGCUUAUCGUGCUAAUGCAUGUACUUUAGGAAAUAAUACUAACAAUCGAAUGGAGAGCCAUAAUCAAAAGUUAAAGAAUUAUCUAACACGUGACAUGCACUUAGUGGAAGCAGUGAAAGCUUUGAUAAGGUAUGUAACUCAUGAUGUUCUUGCAGUCCGCCACACACAGUAUAAAGAAGUGAAAAUUUGCCUUGACACCAGUAAGGUUGAUAAGUUUUGCAUGGAAGUGUCAGCAAAAUGCACCGAAUAUGCUAGGAGAUUGGUAUGUAAAGAAUAUGGAUUGUAUAUGAAGAAUCCAGGAGAAUGUUUUGUCUCUGAUGGGAAAUGCACCAUUUUCAUUGGCAGUAAGCUUUACGAAGUUAGCAAUAAUAUGAGGACAUGCAUAUGCACAUUUCACGUGCAGUACCAGCUGCCUUGCCGACAUAUUCUUGCAGCUAGAUCAGAAAAUAAUAUGAAACUUUUUGAUGAAAGUUGCGUGUCAAAGCGCUGGCUAAAAUCUGAUUUUGUGCAGACUGACCUAACAGUGUCACCAGACAAAUUAAGCAUUUUAAAAACAAGUGUGGCAAAAAAGGCGCAGCCAAAGCUUGAUACAGCCGAGGCUAGGUAUAAAUAUGCAUGUGCACGUCUGUUAAAACUUUCACAGGGAGUUGCUAAUGUACUUGCAGAAUGUAGUGCAACUGAACUUCAUGAAAAACUUAGCAAGUGUGAGGAUUUCUUCCAUAACCUUUUGACUUAUCCUACAAAUAUGAAAUGUGAUUCACAGCUUUCUAAAAUGAUGCAGUAUAAUGAACGACCAAGUGAUGAAGAAAAAUUAAGCAAUUCGCUAAGUGUAGACCUGACCGAUGAUGUAUUGGCCGAGUCUGUAGAUAAUAACUGUACAAAGAAUGGCUCCACAGAAGAUAAAUCUGAAUUGAAGCAGCAAGCUGAUCGAGUUAAAUCAGAUCCAGAAGAUAUAACUAACUUUACUGUAGUCUCGCAUGAAAAUAAAGUAUGUCAGGUUCUUGCGAAGACAUCAGACCCCAGCUCCAUGCCUGGUAAUUCUGCGCAGCAACUGAUGGUGCUUAGCAUACCUCUAGUUAAAUCUGCUCGCGGCCGACCACGUAAGAGAAAAGCACAUGAUGCAAAACGGGAAGAAAACAGACGAUGUUUAGAUGUUUCUAAAAACAUUAAGAUUAAACAGCAAGCUUCUUCAUCAGUUGUUGUUGGUAAAACAGUGGAAGAAAUUAGUGACCCCAUUGCGGACGCUAUUCUUGGUUCAGGUAAUUGCAAUCCGUACAGAAUAAGUUCCUCCGAUUUAGCGGCCUUGCGAGGCACAGGGUGGCUGUCAGAUGCAAUUAUAAAUGCAGCGCAAUAUAUUAUUUCUCGCCAGUUUCCUGGUUUGUGCAAUUUUCAGGAUGUUCUUCUUGGGGAGAGCGCGAAAUUCAAGAAACGAGACAAAUUUAUUCAAAUUCUGCAUAUUCACAGCCAUUGGGUCACAGUGACAAACUGUGGAGCCCCCGACAACAGUGUUUUUUUGUACGAUUCAUUAGACCAGGACAUAAAGCAGAGUGUAGUAAAUCAAGUAAUGAAUAUAAUGAGUCUUGCUUCAAACACUCUUACCAUUCACGCGAAGGCAGUACAGCGUCAAGAGAACUUUUACGACUGCGGUGUUUUUGCCAUUGCUAACGCAUUCACUAUUGCAUCUGGCGUCGACCCGUGCACCGUUGCUUUUGACAAGACCUUAAUGCGCAGUCAUUUAAUAUUAUGUCUGGCAGACAAUGAAAUGGUGCAUUUCCCUGUUACUACGGUGCAAGUGCCUAGGGUGAAAACAAAAUCAAGUUGCUUCUUAGUACAAAAAUGAUGUUUAAAUUACACCGUUUAAGUUAAACCAUUUCAAAAUCAGCCUUAAACUGAAACCCCACAGUAUUACAGCCAUUGAUUUUAGGCCUCUCUAUGGAUCCCAGCUCUAGCUUAUUAACACUCUGUCAUAAAAAGAAGUCCUGCUCCUCAGCCAUGUCCUUGAAUGUCCUUUGAUAGUGAAAGGGCACUGCAGGUGUACUUGCUUUGGUUAAUUAAGUGCUCGUGGAUAAGCUUUUUGAAGCAAGUGAAGUUGGGAAGUAAUUACAGUAAAAGCUCAUUAAUUCGUUCUCUCGGAACCGGAAAAAAUAUCCAAAUUAACCAAAUUCCAAAUUAUCGAAAGUACCAAGAAAAGAAUGAAGAAAUGUCUAUUGCGUCAAUAAACUUUCAUUUUCUUGAUGAAUACAUAAAUCCAGCACUUUGCAUAAGAGCAGUUUAAAAGCCGCAAUUUUUGCCAGUCGCAACUUUGUUCACAAUGUGACCACGGCUCAAGACUUCCCUGUCUUAACUUACCUGACACGUGCUGACCCGAAAUUGACCAGAAAAGUUGUUACCGUAUGGUUUGCGCUGAUGGCAAAUUGCGCCGUUUCGUUUCGGUUGCCCGCGAACGUCGUGUUUGCUCCUUUGCAUCGCACAAUUGCGGCACUUCGGGUUUGGCGCGCUCCGAGAAGUGUCUGAAUUAACUGGAUUGCCGCCAAAUAUGACUGAAUUAACGAGAGUUUGAUGCCAUUAAACGAUGCAUAUGCUGGCCAGGAGCAGAGAAAGCGUCUGAAUUAUCCGAUUUUCCGAAUUAACGGGUGUCGAAUUAACGAGGUUUUACUGUAUCUCUGAGAGGUUGCUGUGGUCAAGGAAUGUUCUACUUUUGCUACUAAAGUCAUCAGGUGCGCAUAGGUCGGCAAAAAAUGUAGAGCUCACUCAGACUCACUCAUGAAAUAUAUUUUGCCUUUAAGCUCACUCAGACUCAGACUCACCAAAAUUUUCCUCAACUAGGACUCAUUCGUACUCAGACUCAGUGAAAUGUUUCUCAGCCGGACUCACUCGGACUCAAACUCACCAAAAUAUUACUCACUCGGACUCACUCAAACUCAGACUCAUGGCUAUAUCUGAGUCUGAGUGAGUCAGAGUGAGUCGACUCAUGAGUCCGUUAGCGUAUAAUUGGCUUUUUUGACUAUGGUGUGAAUGCUCUUAAACACCAAUAUCUCGAAUAUUUGGUGCUCUACUUGGCGCCUUUUGAUCUCGAACCUUGAAAUGUGAGUUAUUAGUGGUUGCAAUUCAGUAAGGACAUUUUUAUUGAAAAUGGUGACUCACACGAGAUAUUUUUAUCAAGAACUUCCUGUGAAAAAGGUUGCAGGGGAGCAGGUCAACCUGCCCCCCCCCCCCCUCUUCUACGUAACUCACGCCUCUGAUUAAUAAAUAAUGAGCUGGCAUAUGAACGCCAGUGCUUUCAAGUAUGUGUGCGUCAGCGGGAGCAUAAAAGUGAGCCGACAUAAGGCUGAUAGUAAUGCUGAAGUUGUGUAAAUAGAACCAUAGGCCGGCAAAGAAUUGUGGAGCUCACUCAGACUCACUCAAGAAAUAUAUUUUGCGCUUAGAGCUCACUCGGACUCGGACUCACCGAAACUUCCCUCUACCGGACUCACUCGGACACAGAUUCACUAAAAUUUUUCUGAUCCGGACUCACUCGGACUCACA